AUGAAUUUAAUCCUUCUGUGGGCUCUCUUGAACCUGCCUGUUGCUUUGACCUUUGAUCCAGACUACAAAGACGCCAUCACUCCCCCCUACUUGAUCUACUUGAAGUCUGAUUACUUGCCUUGUGUUGGAGUCCUGAUCCACCCUCUUUGGGUGAUCACAGCUGCACACUGUAACUUACUGAGGCUUCAGUUAGCACUGGGGGUUACAAAACCAUCCAAUAUAUAUGAAGAAAAAUAUAUACAAGUGGUUGGUUACGAGAAGAUGAUUCGUCACCCACAAUUUUCCAUCACUUCUAUUGAGCACAACCUCAUGUUAAUCAAGCUGCAAACCCAUAUUGCACUCAACGACUACGUGAAAAUGGUCAGCCUGCCCAGAGAGCCUGCUGCUGAAGACGAUAGGUGCACCGUCUCCACCUGGGCCUACAACCUGUGUGAUCUCUACAAGGACCCUGACUCACUGCAGAAUGUGAAUGUCUCUGUAAUCUCCAAAGGUGAGUGCCGCAGAGCCUAUAAAAACAUCCGCAUCAGAGACAAUAUGAUGUGCGUGGGCAUCGUGCCAGGAAGGAGGCUGCCCUGCAAGGAAGUCACAGCUGCCCCAGCGGUGUGCAAUGGGAUACUUCAAGGAAUCCUGACAUUUGCGGAUGGGUGUGUUUUGAGAGCUGAUGUGGGAAUCUAUACCAGGAUCAUUAACUACAUACCCUGGAUUGAAAAUACCAUCCGGAACAACUGA